CAUUUCAGAUUACUUUCAAUCGAGUUAAAAGUAAUUUAACGAUUCUUUCAAAUACAGGCGUUUUAGAAGACCAUUACCCUAUCGUAAGGUUCAAAGAGACUGUUCCUAUGUCGACUUACUUAGUUGCUUAUGUAAUUACUGAUUACACGUUUGAUUCAAAAAUAUUUUAUGAUGGAAAGAAGCAUGUUCCCAUUCGAGUAUUUACUGAUGAUAGUGUUAAGAGUAAACGAUUGUUUGCUUUAGAUGUUGCUAUCGAACUAAUGAAUUUCUUUACAAUGUAUACUGGUAUUGGAUAUCCAAUGGACAAAAUAGAUUUCAUAACAAUACCAAACAAAGAUUUUCGAAGUGGAGCAAUGGAAAAUUGGGGUUUAGUUGCAUUUAAAGAGUCUCGACUAUUAUUUGACAGUUUAACUGACAGCUUUUUACAGCAAAGAUUUGUUGCAUUGAUUGUAGCACAUGAGUUAUCCCAUUUCUGGUUCGGAAAUCUGGUUACCAUGAAAUGGUGGAAUGAUGUAUGGUUAAACGAAGGAUUUGCAAAAUACAUGGAAUAUAAAGCAGUGGAUGCUGUUUUUAAAAACUGGAAUAUAUUGAAGCAUUUUCAAGUAUUAAGGUUGCACAGGCUUCUAGAUUACGAUUAUUCUAUGGAAUCACAACCCGUUGUAAACGAUGUCUCAACACCUAGUGAAAUCCGAUCUCAAUUUAGCAUCAUAAAAUAUUCCAAAGGUGGUGCUAUUUUGAGAAUGUUGGAACAAUGGAUAGGCGAACGGAAAUUUAGGUUUAUCAUACGAAAAUACCUGGAAGAAAGUCUUUAUAAAAGUGCCCAAACUACAAACUUUUUAAAAAAUUUUGACAACGAUACUUCUGAGAUGCUGUCUACAUAUUUAUAUCAAAAGAGAUACCCUGUUGUUAAUGUUAAAAUUGACAAAUACAAUCGGGUAUACAUAUUAACGCAAGAAAAACUUUCAGCUUUUCAAAACGACACACCGACCUCUUAUGGUUACAGAUGGACAAUUCCAAUUACCUAUACAUACUCCUUUAGCAAGGCUCCUGAAAAAAUAAUGUUUCCAUAUUAUCGUGAUGAAAUUACAGUUCCAAUGAGGCAGUCAAAAUGGGUCAAAUUUAAUCACCAUCAAUCAGGCAUCUAUCGAGUAAACUACCCUGAGGAGAUAUGGUCGCAACUAAUAGAAAACUACAAAUUACUUUCAACACCUGAUAGAAGUCAUCUAGUGGAGGAAGUACUUUUUAUGCAUGAAUACGAAAAAUUAAGUUGCGGAAUUGUUAUGAAGUUUCUAUAUAAUUUACAAAAUGAAAUGCGAUACAUGCCGUGGGCCAGUUUAAGACGAUUUAUAAGAAGUUUUGGUUUAAAGCUGAAAGAAGUCGACAGGCCUUUAUUUCAGGAUUAUAUUGGUUUUUUAACGACCUCCGCUUUAGAAAAAUAUGCAGUUGUUAGACGCUCCGAUUCUGUAGACAAUAGGUUGGCAAGGUAUGUAGUACUAGAAAUAAAUUGCUACGUAAGAGCACUUUAUUGUAUACAUUGGUUAAAUACCGCAUCAAAAGAUGAACUUCAUCUCGAUCUAAGAAGAAUUUUUGACAUGUACAUAAAGAUCAUGAAGCUACCCAGAUACAGAAAAGCUUUACAAGUUUUUGCGAAAUUAUCAAAACUGAAAUACACGCAUAUCUACCUUUUUCAAUCCCUUCUGAACGAAAUCGUCCAUGAAGAUGAGUUUACAAAACUCUGGAAGAAGAUAAGCCAUGAUAGCCAUGAAGACCUGGAAGAUAUAACUGAUUACGACAUUUGGAGCGCGCCUAGUAAAGUUUUAGAUGAUAACAAGAAUAGAUAUAAGAAGAACAAGAAAAAGCAAGAAGCGGAAAGCAUUAAAGUACAAACGCCUACUAUUAGAAAUCAAUUUAAAGAUGACCUUUCACCAAUUAUCACAAACAGCCAACCAAUUAUUAAUUUUCAUGACAAGAAAGCAUCAACAACACAUCACCAUUCAGUUGACUCUAUAUUAAGUGCUCUUAAAAAUGUCACUAGAAAUAUCAGUCUUUUGCAAGAACGAAAACGAAGUAAACGUCGAAAUGAAGAAGAAGGUUGUAAUUGCAGAAAGUACGUAAAGGGAAACACCACACACACAACUCCAAGUAAGCCAGCUGAUGAAUGCACGCUUUGGUUACAUGGCUAUAAAUACUACAUUUUGAAUCUCCAAUGAGUUGCGUAUGAACUAUUAAUCACAACAACUAAUGUUUAUGAUUGUAGUGAUUUGUGAGU